AGCCAACUUGUGAGAGGCGGAAGUCAAGGCUCCAAUUGUCAGCGCCAUGGCGGAGUCCGCGGCCAGUGGCGCGGCUGGGCCAACUCCGACUUGCCAGGGCGUUGGGGAGUCCAAGCCAGAGAAUCCUACUCCCACUCCGCCCGAGAGCAUGAUUCCAUUCGCGAAGGGGACCAUCCCCCUGGAACAAGAACGAGAAAUGCUGAUGGCCAAGCAUCCAGACCGACUUCCAAUACUGGUGAGGCCGCACCCCAGGUCCAAAUUACCGCAGCUGGAGAAGGAGAAGUAUCUGGUUCCGAAGGCCUUAACGUGGGGUGAGUUCAAAACUGUCAUCGCUACCAACCUGGCCAAAGUGGCAGAGUUCACCAGCAAAGAGACCAUUUACCUCAUCGUGAACGAGAAGACUCACAGGACCAGCAGGACAGUAGAAGAGAUCUGGAGAGCCGAGACGGACGGGUCAUUGCUCAUGGUGACAUACACCGCAGAAAACACCUUGGGUCGAGCCUGAGGCCCUGUAUGCCAACGGUUUGCUCAUCCAGAUGCCUCGGGAUUCCGGUGAAGCAGCGCUCUUGCCACGGUACAUGGAGACACUUCACCGAGCCCGCCGUUUCCCACGUCCGGCCAGAGAAAACCAGGCA